AGCAUUUGAAGUAUGAGCUUAAUGACGCAGCCGUUUCCUAUUUGGCGCAGACAUUUUUAGCUUCGCCCACGUGUGUGUGUGUGUGUGGGUGUGAAUUUCAGUGGUUAGGGUUGUUCGUCGUUUAUUUGUUAUUUCAGGCCAUUUUGAGGAAAUGGUAUGCAUCUCUAGCUGACCAGACCAGCUAUCAUGCCAAAGUUUGUGAACCGACGGAAGCAGGCGGCGUCUCGCGGGGGCGGCGGACGCGGACGUCCCUACAACAAGCGGGGCGGCGGCCGCGGCAGGGGUCGCGGUCGGGGCGGCGGCGGCCGGUUCGACAGGGAGCGCUCCGGGAGGCGCCAGGAGAGGGAGCCCAGCCCUCCGCCCGCCGCGCCUCCGCCGCCCGUGUGGAGGCCUGAGAGCGAGAGUGAGGAGGAGGAGCCGACCGCUCUGGAGGAAGUGCUGCGACUGGUCGGAGGAGCGACACGGAAGACCGUCGCUGUGGAGAGUGAUGAGGACAUGUCCUCAGAGGAGGAGGGAGAUGACGGAGGCGAGGGAGAGGAUGGGGAGGAGCAGGAGGACAGGGUGACUGGGUCGGCGGGAGAGAGUGAAGGGAGCGAGGGGGAUGCAGGGGAGUCGGAAGACGCAGAUGCGGCGGAGGCGGAGGAAGUUGAAGGCAGUGAGGGUAGUGCUGGAGAGGAGGCGUCAGAUGAGGAAGGUGAAGAGGUAGAUGAGGAAGAAGACGCUGAUAGCGCGAUGGAAGAGGAAGCUGAAGAUGAGGAAAUGCCCAGUGACAGGGACAAGGAGGACACAGAGGACGCGCCAGUCACGCCGUUCCUGCGUCACUUUGAGCUGAACCUGCCGGACGCAGUGGGCGAGUUUCUGCAGACGGCCACCAGGUGGCAGAGUGAGCGGCUGCAGUGGCCCGCGCUCGGUACGCUGAUGGCCCAGCACCGGCCCGUGGAGGAGGUGGCGCCGGCGCCGGCCGCCGCGCAGACCGUGGCCGAAGAGGAGACGUUAGGGAGACUCUACAGCACGCCAGUGGCCAAGAGCGAUGAGACCCCAGAGAGCUACAACAUCCGGCAACAGAUCGCGGCCAACGUGAGCACGAUGAACGAGAAGCUCUUCGACUUGCCGAUGACGGAGCUGCAGCGGGAGGUCCUCUCUGUGAUUGGGGAGUACCGGGACUUUUACUACCCGCACCGCACCCUGGCCAACGAGGACCAGCUGCGAGUGGCAUACUGCGCGCACGCGCUGAGUCACGUGCUGCGCACCCGCGCCCGGAUCGUCCACCACAACUCGAAGGUCUCCAAGAAGGAGGAGGUACCCGACAGCUACCGGGACCAGGGCCUGACGCGGCCCAAGGUGCUGGUCGUGGCGCCCUUCAAACACUCCGCCUACAGGAUCAUCAACACGCUGAUCUCGCUGCUGCAGCCAGCCGGUCAGAGCAGUGUGAUGCGCUACAAGCGCUUCGUCCAGGACUUUGGCGACGGUGACGCACCGCCGCCGGCACCUGAGAAGGUGUCCCGGCCGGCCGACUUUCUGGCCACAUUCGCCGGGAACACAGACGACGCGUUCAGGAUCGGAUUGCAGGUAACCAAGAAGAGUAUGCGUCUGUACAGCGACUUUUACCACUCUGACGUCAUCGUGACGUCACCGCUGGGCCUGCGCACGGUGCUGGGCGCUGACGGCGAGCCGGACCGAGACGUCGACUUCCUCAACUCGAUCGAGCUACUCAUCAUCGACCAGACAGAUGUGUUUCUGAUGCAGAACUGGGAGCACGUGCUGCACAUGCUCGACCACCUACACCUGCAGCCGCGCGACUCGCACGGCGUCGACUUCUCUCGGGUGCGCUACUGGACCCUGAACGGCUGGCAGAAGCUCUACCGACAGACGCUGGUCUUCUCCGCGCUGCCGACCCCCGAGAUCAACGCCCUGGUGAGCCGUCACUGUCACAACUACGCCGGUCGUGUGGUGGUGCAAAACCCCGAGCUGGUGGGCUCCAUCCAGCAGGUCGUCACUCAGGUGCCGCAGGCGUUCCAGCGGUUCUGGUCGGAGAGCCUGGCGUCGGAGCCGGACGAGCGGUUCCAGUUCUUCCUGGAUAAGAUCCUGCCGCAGUACCGGGACGGUCAGAUGAGCCACACGAUGCUGCUGGUGCCCUCCUACUUUGACUUUGUGCGCAUCCGCAACCACUUCAUCAAGGAGACGGUCAACUUCGUCCAGUGCUGCGAGUACACCAAGGACGGCCGAGUGAGUCGGGCGCGCGACAUGUUCUUUCACGGCAAGCGGCACAUCCUGCUGUACACGGAGCGCUUCCACUUCUUCCGGCGCUACCGCAUCAAGGGCAUCCGACACGUCAUCUUCUACGGGCUGCCACUCUACCCUCAGAUCUACAGCGAGAUCAUGAACCUCAUGCAGGACAUGUACCAGAACCGUCGCGCGGCUCGGAACAGCGGCGGCAUGACAUGCACGGUACUGUUCUCCCGGUUCGACCGACUCAAACUGGCCAGGGUAGUGGGCGCCGAGAGGGCGGCAGCCAUGAUAGACUCGGAGAAACAGGUUCACAUGUUCAUCACGGGGGAGGCGUGACACGGAACCGGGUAGGGGUGGGGAGGAGGGGAGGGGAGGGGAGGGAUGGGAGGAGGGGAUGAGGGCUGUUUUGUUGGUGGUUUGUGAGAGUUGACUGGUGUGUUCAAGUUAGUUUUGGGCUCGUGUGAGUUAUAGCCGUGGGAGGCUGGGAUGCUCAUCUCAUCAUGUGAUGCACUAAUGAAUGACGUUUAUAUGAACUGGUAGGUCAUAUUUUCGAAUAAAUUGUCCCAUCAUAAUAUUUGAAUAGACACGUGAAAGGC